AUGUUUCGUCCUCGCGUAGCCGGCCUCUGCAGGAGCUCGCUACAGCGCCCAUCGUCAGCAUGGCGCAAACUGUCUCGUGAUGCGCCGAUCCCCUCGCACGCGACACCGUCACCGCCGUCACGGACCCAGCGCCGUCUCGUCCAGACAUCAAGCCAGUUUCAACCACUCCGACCACCGUCUCCAGACUCCCUGGGCCAGCCCAAGGCGGCCCGCGACUUCAAGCGCAGCCGCAAAUGGAUUCGGCGCAUUCUUGUCCUCUCGGUCGUGGGCGGCACGCUUUACCUGGUCGACCGGCAGGUCUUCGCGUCCGGGGUCGGGCGCUCUCUGCGCACCUUCGGUAACGGCCUCUACGUCGCGGUGGACUACAAGUUGAACUUCCGAGAAAAGCCGCUACUAGGUGGCACCGUGGGCGAUCUCCACCGACGCAGCGCCGAGCGUCUCUUCGAUAUCCUCCGUUCGAACGGCGGUCUGUAUCUCAAGAUCGGCCAAGCCAUCGCUAUGCAGAGCGCUGUCUUGCCGCCCGAGUUCCAGAAGAUGUUUGCAAGAAUGUUCGACGAUGCGCCACAGGAUGAGUGGAAGGACAUCGAGAAGGUCAUAAGGCAGGAUUUCGGCGGCAAGAGCCCCGAGGAGGUCUUCGGUGUCAGUUUUUCUGGCGAGGAGGGCAAAGGGCUCAUGGAACGGACGGCAAGGGCGAGCGCAAGCGUGGCUCAGGUUCACUGGGCGAGGCUGCCGGACGGCAGAGAGGUGGCCAUCAAGAUCCAAAAGCCCGAGAUUGCCAAGCAGGUCGGGUGGGAUCUGUGGGCUUUCAAGGUGGUCAUGAAGGUCUACACGUACUGGUUUGAUCUGCCGUUGUAUUCUAUAGUGCCUUUCAUCACAGAGCGUUUGUUUCUUGAAACAGACUUUGAGUCUGAAGCGCAUAACUCGGAGACGAUGAGGAAGCUAGUCAACUCCGAGCCGAGCUUAAAGGGACGAGUGUACAUUCCGACUAUAUACCCUGAAUUCACAACGAAGCGGAUCUUGGUCACAGAGUGGAUCGAAGGCGUGCGGCUGUGGGACAAGUCCGCAACGACAGGGCGCUGGAUAGGAGGAUAUGGCGCCGGCUCACCUGGUGUACAUGGCGCGAAACUCAGUCAGCCCGACAUGAGCGAGGUCAGGAGACAGCUGCGAGAGAAUCCUAGGAUGGAGAGGUUGAAGCCUAACCGCGAAACUUGGAAGGGCCGCAACGGGAAAGGUGGCCUAGGCUUGUCGAGUAAGGAGGUCAUGACAACCAUCGUCGACCUCUUCUCGGCUCAGAUCUUCAAAUGGGGCAUUGUACACUGCGAUCCCCACCCUGGCAACAUCUUCAUUCGCCGUUUGCCCUCGGGCAAAGCAGAAGUUGUCCUCAUCGACCACGGUCUCUAUGUCUAUAUGACGCCCAAGUUCCGACAUCAGUACAGUCUGUUCUGGAAGUCGCUCAUGACAUUCGAUAAUAAGACGAUCGGUGAGAUCUCGGAGGAGUGGGGCAUCAAGGCGCCUGAUAUCUUUGCCAGCGCAACACUGAUGCGCCCCUAUGAGGGAGGCGACGGCCGCACCAAGAGCGAAAUUCUCCGGGAGAUGGAGGGCAAGACGCAGGCUGAGCGCAGCUUCGAGGCGCAGCAGCGCAUGAAGCAGGGAAUUCGCGAUGUCCUUGCCGACGAGGACAAAUGGCCGAAGGAACUCGUCUUUAUAGGACGCAACAUGCGCAUUGUUCAAGGCAACAACCAGUUCAUGGGCUCGCCGGUCAACCGUAUCAAGAUAAUGGGCAAUUGGGCGAGUCGCAGCCUGUUCCAGGACCCGAACCUACCAUUGACGGAGCGUGUAGCAUACCUCUGGCGGCACCUCCUGUUCAAGACGGUACUGCUGGCGUCGGAUGUUGCAUUCUACACAUUCAAGCUCAGACAGUGGCUCGGUCUGGGAGGAGGCAUGGAAGACGAGGUCGAAGCGAGGAUGCGAGCUAUGGCGAAAGACUUUGGCGUAGAGCUUCAACAUGAGAUCUUUGAGGGUUAG